GGAGCGGCGGUCCGGAUGGAUUGUUCCUCACAUUUCAAUACACGCUUCGAGUCGUGACAGAGAGGAAUUUUAACCGAAUAGAGAGUUUACCGAACUUGAAAGAACUUCAUUGUUACAGUUACCGGGAUGGCAGACCGCGGUGUGGAUUUGGCGUCUUUACCCAAAGAGGUGAAGGAUCAGUUGGCGGAGUUGGAGCUCGAGCUUUCAGAAGGAGACAUCACGCAAAAAGGGUAUGAGAAGAAAAGAGCCAAGCUGCUGGCGCCGUACAUACCCCAGACCCAAAAUGUGGAUCCAGCCCUCCAGAGUAUUCAUUUAACCCCAGGUCCAGGUGUCGACUCCUCUCCAAGCCCGGACGCUGCACCCACGGCCGCCCCACGGCACCAUCGCACACACCGCAGUGGGGGAGCCCGUGAUGACCGAUAUAGAUCAGAUAUCCACACAGAGGCCGUGCAGGCGGCUUUGGCCAAGCACAAAGAGAAGAAGAUGGCACUUCCCAUGCCCACCAAGCGCCGAUCAACCUUCGUUCACUCUGCACUGGAGAACUGCACUCCUCCUGAUACGUCUUCAGCUUCAGAGGACGAGGGCUCCCUGCGCAGGCGUCAGGCCGCCGUGAGCGCCGCCGUGAGCGCCGCUCUCACCCAGGGCCUCCAGAAUUCAGAGCUGUGGAUCAAUCGCUCGAUCCAGGGCUCCUCCACGUCUUCCUCUGCUUCCUCCACCCUCUCACACGGAGACAGCAGCAAGAACCAGAGUCUUAACCACAUCCAGAGCGCCCUGGCAGACGUACUAGCACACACACGCAUAGAGAGCAGCAGUGUUCCUCCUGACGUGACGGCCUCAGUGCCCCAGGAUCGAAACUCCCGGGGCGACCUGAGUUCCAGUCCCGCCGUGAAAGGCAUGAGCCGUGGCCAGAACCGCUCCAGCAUACUGGACACAGCCGAUGGAGUUCCGGUGAACAGUAGAGUCUCCACCAAGAUCCAGCAGCUGCUCAACACACUGAAAAGACCCAAACGACCUCCGCUCAGUGAAUAUUUCCUGGAUGAUUCCGAGCAGAUUGUGGAAGUCCCGAGUCCAGAUCCAAACACUCCACGUCCUGAGGGGCGACAGAUGAUCCCAGUGAAGGCCGAGCCCCUGGGCGUAGUGAGCAAUUGGCCACCGGCCCUGCAAGCCUCUCUAGCAAGAUGGGGCGCCACACAAGCUAAGAGCCCUGCUCUCACAGCGUUGGACCUCACUGGCAAACCGCUCUACACCCUUACUUACGGUAAACUGUGGAGCCGCAGUCUUAAACUGGCAUACACGCUCCUAAAUAAACUGGGCACCAAGAACGACCCUGUGCUGAAACCUGGAGACCGGGUGGCGCUGGUAUACCCCAACAGCGACCCCAGUAUGUUCUGGGUGGCUUUCUACGGCUGCCUGCUGGCUGAAGUCAUUCCUGUUCCAAUAGAGGUCCCACUGUCUCAGAAGGAUGCAGGAAGUCAGCAGAUUGGCUUUUUGUUGGGCAGCUGUGGGGUCAGUCUGGCUCUCACCAGUGAGGUGUGUCUUAAAGGACUGCCCAAGACGCCCAGUGGAGAAAUACAGCAGUUCAAAGGAUGGCCUCGGCUUAGAUGGGUGGUCACAGACACCAAGUACCUCACAAAGCCUUCUAAAGACUGGCAGCCACACAUACCCACGGCUAACACUGAUACCGCGUACAUCGAGUACAAGGCCAGUAAGGAGGGCACCGUCAUGGGGGUGGCUGUGUCCAAAAUCUCCAUGCUAACACACUGCCAGGCGCUCACCCAGGCCUGCAAUUACAGCGAAGGUGAGACGCUGGUCAACGUUUUGGACUUUAAGAAAGACAUGGGCUUGUGGCAUGGAGUUCUGACGAGUGUGAUGAACAGGAUUCACACCAUCAGUGUGCCGUACGCCGUUAUGAAGGCCUGUCCUUUAUCCUGGGUGCUAAGAGUCGGCACCAGUAAAGCACGUGUGGCCCUGGUGAAGUGUCGGGAUCUGCACUGGGCAAUGAUGGCUCAUCGAGACCAGAAGGACGUCAACCUGUCGUCUCUGCGCAUGCUCAUAGUAGCUGACGGUGCUAAUCCAUGGUCUGUGUCAUCGUGCGAUGCCUUCCUGAACGUGUUUCAGACUCACGGUUUAAAGCCGGAGGUCAUCUGUCCAUGUGCCUCUUCUCCCGAAGCCUUGACUGUAGCCAUACGCAGACCGGGCAUUCCUGGCGCUCCUCUACCGGCCAGAGCCGUCCUGUCCAUGGGAGGUCUGAGUCACGGGGUGAUCCGUGUCAACACUGAGGACAAGAACUCGGCUCUUACUGUGCAGGAUGUGGGCCACGUCAUGCCUGGUGCUCUGAUGUGUAUAGUGAAGCCGGAGGGACCCCCCAUGCUGUGCAAAACGGAUGAGAUUGGCGAAAUCGUGCUGAACUCUCGAGCUAACGGCACCAUGUAUUACGGCUUAUCUGGACUCACCAAAAACACUUUUGAGGUGAUUCCUGUUAAUUCAGGAGGUACUCCGAUAGGGGAGACACCCUUCACCCGUACAGGCCUCUUGGGCUUUGUGGGUCCGGGCAGUCUGGUGUUUGUGGUGGGGAGGACUGAGGGCCUGAUGAUGGUCAGCGGACGAAGGCAUAAUGCGGACGAUCUGGUGGCCACAGCGCUGGCUGUAGAGCCUGUUAAAACAGUCUACAGAGGGAGGAUUGCGGUGUUCUCAGUCACUGUGUUCUAUGAUGAGAGGAUCGUCAUCGUAGCAGAGCAGAGACCGGAUGCUAAUGAGGAGGACAGCUUCCAGUGGAUAAGUCGAGUUCUCCAGGCCAUAGACAGCAUCCAUCAAGUGGGCUUGUACUGUUUAGCAUUAGUUCCAGCUAACACCUUACCCAAGACCCCUCUGGGUGGCAUCCAUGUGUCUGAGACCAAGCAGUGCUUCGUGGAGGGUUCGCUUCACCCCUGUAACAUCCUCAUGUGCCCUCACACGUGUGUGACCAACCUGCCCAAACCCCGCCAGAAACAACCAGUAGGAGUAGGUCCAGCUUCCAUCAUGGUGGGGAACCUAAUAGCAGGGAAGAGAAUCGCCCAGACCGCAGGGAGGGAGUUGGGCAUCACUGAUGACCAGGACACAUCCAAGAAGCAUCAGUUCCUGUCUGAGGCGCUACAGUCAAGAGCACAAAGUGAUCCAGACCACGUCCUCUAUAUGCUGCUUAAUUCCAAGGGAACAGCAGUGAGCACAGCCACAUGUUUACAGCUGCAUAAACGAGCUGAGAAGAUCACGGCGGCGCUGUUGGAGAGAGGAGGCAUUAACACUGGAGACAACGUGGUGCUGCUCUACCCUCCUGGAAUUGAUCUGAUCGCAUCCUUCUACGGGUGUCUGUACGCGGGUUGUAUACCAGUAACGGUGCGGCCCCCACACUCACAGAACCUGGCUGCUACUCUGCCCACAGUGCGCAUGAUCAUAGACGUGAGUAAAGCAGCUUGCAUCCUGACCACUCAAGCCCUCAUGAAGACCUUAAGAUCUAAAGAAGCUGCUGCUAGCGUGAACGUGAAGACGUGGCCUACGAUCAUAGACACAGACGAUCUUCCAAAAAAGCGCCCCCCUCAGAUCUAUAAGCCUCCCACGCCUGAGAUGCUAGCCUAUCUGGAUUUUAGUGUGUCCACCACUGGUAUGCUGACCGGUGUGAAGAUCUCUCAUGCAGCGGUGAGCGCACUGUGUCGCUCUAUUAAGCUGCAGUGUGAGCUCUACUCCUCUAGGCAGGUGGCCAUCUGUCUCGACCCUUACUGUGGCCUAGGCUUCGUCCUCUGGUGCCUUUCCAGUGUGUACUCAGGUCACCAGUCCAUCCUGAUACCUCCCUUAGAGCUGGAAAGCUCCCCGCCUCUCUGGCUGAGCACGCUCAGUCAGUACAAAAUCCGAGACACCUUCUGCUCCUACUCGGUCAUGGAGCUCUGCACUAAGAACCUGGGUACACAGACCGAGGUGUUAAAGGCCAGGGGCUUGAACCUGUCAUGUGUGAGAAGCUGUGUUGUGGUAGCCGAGGAGAGACCUCGUCUGGCACUCACACAGUCUUUCUCCAAGCUGUUCAAAGACUUGGGCCUUUCACCGCGAGCCGUCAGCACAGCAUUCGGCUCUAGAGUGAACCUGGCGAUCGGCCUGCAGGGAACGGCUGGUCCAGAUCCUUCCACUGUUUACGUAGACAUGAAAUCCCUCCGCCACGACCGGGUGAGACUGGUGGAGAGAGGAGCUCCUCAAAGUCUUCCUCUCAUGGAGUCUGGAACUAUUCUCCCAGGAGUGCGAGCGAUUAUAGUCAACCCAGAAACCAAGGGACCACUUGGAGACUCGCAUCUGGGCGAGAUCUGGGUGAACAGCCCUCACAAUGCCAGCGGGUACUACACCAUAUACGGAGAGGAGAACCUGCAGGCUGAUCACUUCAACACACGUUUGAGCUUCGGCGAUCCUCAGACAGUGUGGGCCAGAACUGGAUAUCUGGGCUUCAUCACCAGGACUGAGCUGCUGGGCGCCACUGGAGAUCGUCAUGAUGCUUUAUUUGUGGUCGGCGCACUGGACGAGACGUUAGAAUUACGUGGUCUGCGCUAUCACCCUAUCGACAUAGAGACCUCCAUAUCACGCGCACAUCGCAGCAUUGCAGAAAGCGCCGUGUUUACAUGGACCAACCUGCUGGUGGUGGUGGCCGAGCUGAGCGGUUCAGAACGAGAAGCUCUGGAUCUGGUGCCGCUGAUCACCGGUGUGGUCCUGGAGGAGCACCACCUGAUCGUGGGCGUGGUGGUCGUGGUGGACCCCGGUGUCAUUCCUAUCAACUCCCGGGGAGAAAAACAGCGCAUGCACCUGAGGGAUUCCUUCCUGGCCGACCAGCUCGACCCCAUAUACGUGGCCUACAACAUGUGAGCCGCUGGCUGACGUUUCUGUAGUGGACCAGAUCGUCCACCAGUCAUUCCUCAUGCUGAGGGCACAAGUGACCACGGUGACCAGAGGGCAAACGAGCAUCGCAUCCAUCUUUGUUUCUGUCUCGAUAAUAUGACCUUAGACGAGCAGCAUGGUCUGCAGAACUGUGGCAGGCUGGUGCUCUACACUUUGUGCUAAAUUCUUUGUCUGCAAUAACAGGUUAACCUGUGCUGAUGCCUCGUAACGUGCAGCUUUGUUGGCAGUGGUUCGGGCGGUGCCACCAAGGCUAUGAUGACGUCGCCGUCUGGUGUAAGACUGGACGGGCUUACAUUUUAAACUUGCACUUUAUUCCUCCUCCUUUUGAGCCUUGUUUUGUGGGGGGGCAUCCUUACAUUUUAUUUUUUGUUUUUAUUCUAAAAGUGCAAACAACAUUUAAAACAUGUCCACUGUUUAGUCUACAAUGCAAAAAUGCCGUUUUAGUGAGUAAAAAUAUCCUAAAUAUAAUUGAAAUGUUUUUUUUUAUUGUGAGAUUAAUGAACAAUGAUGUUACUUACCUGAUAUUCAGAGCAGAUAGAUAGUAUUGCUUCUUUUAUAAUCCAAAUCCUUAAAAUUAGUAAAACGUGUGUCAUUGUAGUGACAAUUUUACUUUAAAUUAGUAAGAAAUGUCCAGACAUAGGCUGAAUUCUUAAUAACUAUAAAACGUUCACCUGAUUCAGUACAUAGAGGGGGGAAUACAAACCUUUCAGACUAGUUUGAGAUAAUUAUGCAUCCAUUAUUAUGCAGAAUAAAAAAAUGAACCUGUGCCCCGUCUCCAGAAGGGCUUUAAAAAACACCCCCCUCAUUGGUGCUCUUUCUUAGCUUGCUAGCAUCAUUGUUUUUCCGCUGCUGGACAAAAGCCAAGACGUUUAGUAUUAACAGUAUCACCAGCAUCGCACGCUGUGUUCGUUUGCUUAUGUCAUUUUCUUCAUUUAUACCUUUAUUCACAGCUACUAGUUCUUUAAUGUUAAAAUACAGUUAAAGGUUUACAUUAAAAACUGCUUACACAAGAUCUUUUUUUAUCUGACUGCCAACAGUAAUGCACAUUGUUUAAUAACAGAUGUGAUAAAUAGAUAUUAAAGGCUUUUAGAGGAAGCACACUGAUUAAACGUACUGGAUUUGGAUCUUGAGAUUAAUAUGCAGUAAAUUCAUAAACAUUUAGGGUCAGAACAGUUUCAAGAUCAACUCCAUGCCUUAUGAAUCCUGUGGAAAUGUUUCUUUUUAUACGUUUUAUUCUUUUAUUUGUAUUGCUGUACUUAUACUGUGUACUGCUCUCUAAGGGACUGUAGAAUGAUCAGAUGAGGAAGGUUUCGGAAGGCGUUUGGAAGGUCAUCGUCGCGUCUCACUGGGUGUUAAUGUAUAAUCUAAUGGACUUGUCAUCAUGUCUCGCAAACUUGACUGAUCUUAAUACUCGAUGGGAAGUCUCAUCGCUGGUUUAAUAGAAGAAUUAUAAAUAAACAUUUUAAUUAUUUGACA